GACAACAUUUGUCUCAAAUAGAUUUUAAACAUUUAUCACUAUUCGCAUAAAAUAUUUACAUGACAACAUUAAUGAAAUUGAAAAGAUAAGAAAAGCAUUAUUUAUUAAAAUAAAAUUCGGAAAAUAAAACCCCUGACAAUCUAAAUAAACCAGUCAAUAAAAGUAGAAGCGUUGUUUAGCCUUCAUUAAACUUGAAAAAUACACUGAGGUAUUUAUAGCAUUGAAGACAUCUUUUUUUAAAAGUGAGUUAAUUAAUAAUGUUUGAAACAUAAAAAAGUGGUAAAUAUUCUAACAAUUUACAAUACAAAGUUGUUUUUAAAUUUUAAUUUUGCUGGUAACAAAAGCGCAAAAUUUAAAAGAACAAAAACAUUUUCUUUCGUUAAAGAACCAAACGGUGAAAAAUUUGAAGACAGUUCUUUUAAAAUGUUCAAAGAAUCGUUUCAAAACCCCAUUUUACGCGGAAGAAGAACCGCAGUAGCUGCAGAAUCGUAUGAUCCAUCAAAAGAUACCGAAGAAGAAGAAGCAAUAGUGUAUUAUCCUAAAACUGAAAAACAAAUGAAAUGCUUGAACGACGCCGCGAGUGGAAUAGUAUUCUUUAAAAGUUGUGAUGCGGAACAACUCAAAGUUCUUUUCGGUGCAAUGUUCGAAAAAAAAGUAAAUAAAGGUGAUGUUAUUAUUAAACAAGGUGACGAUGGUGACAACUUUUAUGUUAUUGAGAAAGGGAUAUUCGAUGUUCACGUUAAAAAAGACAGUGCUGAAAAAAUAGUGGCUACGUUAGAAGAUAAAGGGUUUUUUGGGGAUUUAGCAUUAUUAUACAAUUGUCCUCGUAAUGCAACUAUAAUAGCUAAAAGCGAAGGAGUCUUGUGGGGUUUAGACCAAAAGACUUUUAAGCGUAUAGUGGUAAAAGCAACUGCAAAAAAAAGACUUUUGUUUGAGGAAUUACUCAAAACGGUCUCGAUGCUCCAGUCUCUUACUUCUUAUGAGCUAAUGAAUUUGACGGACGCGCUAGACGUAGAGACUUUUAACUCUGAAGUUAAGAUAAUUUCAGAAGGAGAAGAGGCCUCUAAAAUGUAUUUUAUUAUGGAAGGUCAAGUAGCAGUACGAGUUAAUAGUGACGGAAUUAAAAAGGAAAUAAUCAGAUUAGAAAAAGGAAAAUAUUUUGGGGAACUUGCACUGAUUUUGCAAAAGCCUCGUGUAGCAUCUGUGUAUGCUACAAUGGACAACACAAAGUGUGCUGUCUUAAACAUUCAUGCUUUUGAAAGAUUAUUGGGACCUUGUGUUAAUAUAAUGAAACGAAAUCUUAAACAAUAUGAAGAAGAACGUAAAAGACUAGGUAUAGAAGGAAUAACUUACGAAGAAAAAUAAAAUUAUGACGUGAAAAAACUCAUAAAACUUUUAAAUAAUAGAAUUAGUAUUUUAAAAAGAUAUUAAUUCACUUAUAUAUUAUCCGAUGUAUUAUAUCGUUACAGUUAUCUUUUACUUAUGAAAGUUGAAGAGUAUCUUUUUUACUUAUGAACGUUAAGGGGUAUCUUUUUUAUAUAUGAACGCAGAGGGGACUAAGUUUUGACUUGUCGCAACUAUUUUCUUAAAUUAACUGAUCAAAGCUAAAUAGGCAGAUGGAAAAAAGUUUUUGUCAACGAAUGAACGCUAUUGAAUUAACUUCAGAAACCCCAUUGAAGUCAUUUUAUCAACGUUUUUAUUAUUUUGCAUAUAACAAAAUGUAGUAAAAAAAACCAUUUCUUACCUUGUUUCUUAAACGUUGUAUAGAUUGUUACAAACAUUGAAUGAAAUUUUUUAUGGAAUAAAGAUACGAUCAAAAAUUUGUAAAUAAAUUGCCAAAAACCCUUUGCGAAAAGUCCUUCCUUAGCAAACAGAACCAAAUUUAAUAUUCUAUUAAUUAUUCGGUGCCGUUUAUGCGUCCCAUGCUGUUUUUGUUUUUUUAUAUUUGCUUUGGUUAAUUGUUUUAUUUAUGAUCUUUUUUUACUUUUAAAGAAUAGAUCAGACAGUUUUUAAUAAAAAUAUCAAACAGUUGUUUUUCUUGACCGAAAUAAAUAAAUAAAAAAAGCAUAAAAAGAAAAAGAAGUUAAAGAAGCUGUUGAACUGUUUAUUAAAACUUCAUCUUGAAUAGUAUCCCCGAAAAAUAUAUUUGUGUAAAUAAUUGUAGUUUGUUAACCGAUUUUUAUUGAUAAAUAAGUUAUUGUUUUGA